ACAAAUUCUUUAAGCCCCUCUCUACAUUUUCCCCUCCGCCGCCCUCUUUCUCGUUCUCCCCGAACAGCAGCCGCAAUCUCUAUUUCGCCGCUCAUCUCUGUCUGGUUUCUUCGUCUUCGAACGGCGGCACAAAUCAAGAUCCUCGCCUUCCACAGUUCCACAUGGAGACAAAUCUCAGUCAAAACCCUAGUAACGCCUCUUCCACCUUUGCCAGUCUCGGGCUCUCUGAAUGGCUUGUUAAUACUCUCAAGGAAUUGGGUAUGAAGAAGCCUACCCCGGUUCAGGAGCAUUGCAUCCCUAGAAUUCUCGCCGGAGAAGACGUAUUGGGUUUGGCUCAAACAGGUAGCGGCAAGACGGCAGCUUUCGCCCUACCCAUGCUCCAUCAUCUGGCGAAAUACCCAUAUGGAGUCUUUGCGCUGGUUGUGACUCCAACCCGUGAGCUGGCAUAUCAGCUAGCUGAACAAUUUAGAGCUUUGGGGUCUGGUAUGAACUUGCGUUGUGAGGUUGUGGUGGGAGGGAUGAAUACAAUCAACCAGUCACGGGCAUUAAUGAAACGACCUCAUAUUGUUAUUGCCACUCCCGGUAGGAUCAAAGUUCUAAUUGAAGACAAUCCUGAUCUUCCUGCUAUUUUCUCGAAUGUCAAGUUUGUAGUCUUGGAUGAAGCUGAUAGAGUACUAGAUGUUAGUUUCGAAGAGGAGCUGAAAGUGAUAUUUGAAUGUUUGCCAAAAACAAGGCAAACUUUGUUAUUCUCUGCUACAAUGACAAGUGACCUUCAAUCUCUACUUGAGCUUUCUGCAAAUAAAGCAUACUUUUAUGAAGGGUAUGAAGGACUCAAGACAGUUGAUUCUCUGAAACAGCAAUAUGUGUUCAUGCCUAAAAAUGCUAAGGAGGUUUAUCUCCUUCACAUUUUGUCCAAGAUGCAAGACAUGGGUAUCCGCUCUGCCAUGAUUUUUGUUUCCACUUGCAGAACUUGUCAUCGUUUGGGCUUAUUGUUGGAGCAACUAGAGCAUGAAGCUGCAUCUCUACAUUCGCUUAAAUCUCAAUCUCUGAGGUUGUCUUCCUUACAUCAAUUCAAAUCAGGACAGGCUCAUUUACUUGUUGCAACUGAUGUUGCCAGUCGUGGUUUGGAUAUUCCGACAGUUGAUCUUGUCAUUAAUUACGACAUUCCAAGAUAUCCUACUGAUUAUGUUCAUCGUGUUGGUCGGACUGCAAGGGCAGGCAGAGGUGGGCUAGCUAUUAGCUUUAUCACAGAGAAUGACAUAAAAUUGAUUCAUAAGAUAGAAGAAGCUCUUGGAAAAAAAUUGGACAAGUUUGAAUGCAAGGAGAAUGAUGUGAAUGCUGAUAUAACCAAGGUUUUCAAGGCAAAAAGGGUUGUGACAAUGAAGAUGAUGGAUGAUGGGUUUGAAGAUAAAGCGAAAGCACGUAAAGAACAGAAUCUAAGGAAUGCAAGCAGGAAAAGGGCUGCUGCUGAAGACGACUAAAUAAAGGGCUGCUGUUGAAGACGACUAAGUAAAGGGCUGCUGCUGAAGACGACUAAGUAAAGGGCUGCUGCUGAAGACAACUAAGUAACUGCUUCUACUUUAUUUUGUGUCAACAACAAAAACAUACAGUCUUGAAUGAUUGUAAAUUUUAAUACCCAAAAUUUCCAGUCAUAUACAACAAACAGAGACAGACUUUUUGAGAUUUGUUACCAUCUCAUUUUAUUGUC